CAGUUAACGCCGGAGAGUGAUCCGCUUAAGAAGUCGCUAAAACGCAAAGUCGCCGUUGGGAGAGUUUAACGGUUCGCCGAAGGGGAUCCAUGCCCGCAGUUUCCUCGCGGUUUUGCGAUAAAUAAUCCAGCGAAGCUCGCCGCAAUUUUUCAUUCGUUAUUCCGCUUCCAAGUUCUACGUCGGUCGCCCCUCGCCGGAUAGGAUUUUAAGUGAUAUACUCGAGAAAUUUUUUGUACUUUAAUUUUCCGAUACUCAGGAAGGGCAGGCCGCACCGAUAGCGAGGAGGGCUUCUCGCGGCAGCGCGGAUCUUUGGACGGACCCUUCGCAGCGGAGGAUCGUCGCCGAACGAUCGGGAGUCGUUGGUCGUCGAUCGGCACGAGUGGGUCGCGACGUCGCAGCGCCCUUUCAGCGCCCGGUUCCGUUCCACUGGUCACGCGGGAUUCCUGAGACGGGGACGACGAGCGGUGGCUCCCGCUGCCGCUGGCGCAUAUACAUAUUCCUCUACCACCUCUAGCCGCACGAAACGCACGGCGUGGUGUAACGUAGCUCACGAGGAGUGGAGGUAGCCCGCAAAAUGAAUAACAAUGAUAAGUCAGUCGAGAGCGGGAACUCCGCCGAGGAGGAAGACGAGAUGAUCGCGACCGAGCGCGACCUGGCCGAGGACGCCAAGUGGAAGAGAAUACAGCGCAACACGUUCACCAGAUGGGCCAACGAGCAUCUGAAAUGCGCCAACAAAACGAUCGGCGACCUCGAGUCCGACCUCUCCGACGGACUGAGGCUCGUCACCCUCAUAGAAGUCCUGUCGCAGAAGAAGCUGCCGAAACACAACAAGAAGCCGAACUUCAGAUCGCAGAAACUGGAGAACGUCUCGGUAGCCCUGAAGUUCUUGGACGACCAGGGAAUCCGCAUCGUGAACAUCGAUUCGUCGGAUAUCGUUGACUGCAAACUGAAGCUGAUUCUCGGCCUGAUAUGGACCCUGAUUCUCCACUAUUCGAUCUCCAUGCCGAUGUGGGACGGCGACGAAGGGGAGACACCGGACAAGGGGGCCACUCCGAAGCAAAGACUGAUGCACUGGAUCCAGGCGAAGGUCCCCGACCUGCCGUUCAACAAUUUCACAUCGGACUGGAACGACGGUAGGGCCGUCGGGGCUCUGGUGGACGCGGUUGCCCCGGGACUGUGCCCCGAUUGGCAGGACUGGAACCCCAAGGACGCCGUUCAAAAUGCUUCCGAAGCCAUGGGACUCGCCGACGACUGGCUAAACAUACCGCAGCUGAUCAAACCGGAGGAGAUGGUGGACCCCAACAUCGACGAGAUGUCGAUGAUGACCUACCUCUCGCAGUAUCCCAACGCAAAGUUGAAAACGGGCGCACCGUUGAGAGCAAAGACCAAUCCGAACAGCGUCCCACCCCCGCGAGUACGAGCCUACGGUCCAGGGAUCGAGCCGACCGGACCGGUCGUCGGUGCUCCCGCCAAUUUCACCGUGGAGACCUUCUCCGCCGGCAAAGGAAACGUCGAGGUGGUCGUCGAGGAUCCCAAGGGCGCCAAACUUCCGGCCGACGUCAGGUUCAACAAAGACAGGAAUCUCACUUACGCGGUGUCCUACACCCCGAAGGUCGAGGGUCCCCACAAAGUGAAGAUCCAGUUCGCCGGAAGACCGAUUCCCAAGAGUCCCUACACGGUCAGCGUCGAAGGUCACGCCGGCGAUCCCGCGAAGGUCAGCGCCAGCGGCCCGGGGCUCCAGCCCGACGGCGUCGCCGUCAACAGACCCACCUUCUUCGACGUGUUCACCAAGGACGCCGGACGCGGCGUACCGGAAGUCAUCAUCCUCGAUCCUCAGGGUUCGAACACCUCCGUGCCGGUAAAACUUCGGCAAACCUCGCCGGACGUCUGGCGCUGCGAGUACGUUUCACCGGUGAUCGGUCUGCAUUCGGUGAACAUUUUCUUCGCCGGUAAACCGAUACCCGGAAGCCCGAUCGGCGUUAGGGUAUCGCCGGUUUCGGACGCCAACAAAUGCCGCGCGUUCGGCAGAGGACUCCAGCCGAAGGGAGUCCGAGUGAAGGACGUCGCCGAUUUCAAGAUCGUCACCAAAGACGCCGGAGAAGGAGUCCCGGAAGCGAGGGUGAUCGCGCCCGGCGGCGUCAACCUGCCAGUUCGGAUCGCCAAAAUCGACCCUACGACCUACCACUGCGAUUACACGCCGCUGAAAGAGGGUCGUCACGUUGUGAUGGUGACGUUCAACGGCAAGGAAAUUCACAAGUCGCCCUACGACGUGAACGUCGGCCCUUACAAGGAAUCGGCCAUCAGGGUUUUCGGGCCGGGGCUGCACGGCGGGGUCGUCGGCUACCCGGCCAAGUUCACCGUCGACACCAACGGCGAGACCGGGGGCCUCGGCUUCUCCAUCGAAGGGCCUUCCAAGGCUAAGAUCGACUGCCACGACAACGGCGACGGCACCGCCGACGUCACCUACUACCCGACGUCGCCCGGACAAUACUCCGUCCACAUCAAGUGCGACGACGAGGACAUACCCAAGUCGCCCUACAUGGCGGAAAUCCUGCCGAAGGUCGACUACGAUCCGGACAAGGUCGAAGUCCACGGUCCGGGGAUCCAGCCCGACGGUGUGGCGCGGGACAAGCCCACGAACUUCACGGUGGACUGCAAGAAGGCCGGCAAAGCGCCCUUGGAGGUCGAAAUCCAAGACGCGCUGGGUCGCCCUGUCCCGGUCAAGCUCGAGGACAAGCGAGACGGAACCAUUCAGGCUCAUUACACGCCGACCUCGGGGUCCCAGCACAACAUUCAGGUGAACUACGGCGGCGUUGGUACGAAAAAAUCACCGUACAGGGUCGGCGUCGCGGCGCCCCUGAACCCAGCGAUGGUUCAGGCGUUCGGUCCGGGUCUCGACAAGGGUGUGAAAACGAACACGCCGACGCACUUCAACGUCGACUGUCGCGAGGCGGGUCCCGGCGCCCUGGACGUCUCCAUGGCGAGUCCGGAGGGCCGCGAUCUGCCGAUAACGCUGAGCGACAACGAGGACGGCACGUACACCGUCGACUACGUCGCCCCCCAGCCGGGUAACUACACGGUGGACCUCAAGUACGGAGGUCUGAAGGUCCCCAAGUCACCGAUAAAGGUCAACGUCCAGCCCCACGUCGACGUGUCGAAGAUCAAAGUCGACGGACUGGAACCAACCGCACCGGUGAACAGUCUCCAGCAGUUUCGCGUUAUAACGAAAGACGCUGGGAAGGCGGAGGUUCAAGUGGCGAUCACCACCCCCUCGGGGAACCGCGUCAAGGCCCACAUCGUGCCCACCCACGAGGGUUUCCUGGUGAACUUCACCCCCACGGAACUCGGGGAGUACCUGCUCGGCGUGAGUUUCGGGGGGGAGCCGAUAACCCCGCAGCCCUACCGGCUGACCUGCGUUCACGGCAGCGACCCCGCCAAGGUCAGGGCGAAGGGCCCGGGGCUGUCGCGCGGCGUGGUCAACAAGCCCGCCGAGUUCGUUAUCGACACCAGGGGCGCCGGGCAGGGCGGGCUCGGCGUUACCGUCGAAGGCCCCUGCGAGGCGGCCAUAAACUGUCGCGACAACGGCGACGGCACCUGCUCCGUCGCCUACCUCCCCACGGAACUCGGCGACUACGGGAUCAACAUCACUUUCAACGAACGUCACAUACCGGGGUCGCCCUUCCAAGCGCUCGUGGCGCCCGAGGCCGACCUCUCCAAGAUCAAGGUCUCGGGGAACGGCAUUCAACCUCACGGUCUGUACGUGAACAGCGCGACCGAUUUCACCGUGGACACGAGGGCGAUCGCGAAGACGAAGGGCGACGACGGCAAGGUGUCCUGCACCGUCACCAAUCCCAGCGGCGCGAGAACCGAAAAAGUGAUAACUCCGCAAGCGGACGGCACAUACCGAGUGAGCUACACCCCCUUCGAAGAAGGUCCCCACACCAUAGACAUCCUAUACGACAACGUCCCGAUCCCGGGCUCGCCGUUCUCCGUCAACGUGAAAAAGGGAUGCGACCCGAGCAAGUGCAGGGCUUACGGACCCGGGCUCGAGAAGGGCUGCGUCGGAAAGUCGAACCAGUUCACGGUGGAGACGAAGGGCGCGGGCACCGGGGGUCUAGGGCUGGCGAUCGAGGGCACCAGCGAGGCUAGGAUGACCUGCAAGGACAACUACAACGGUUCGUGCAGCGUGGAGUACGUGCCGACGGAGCCCGGCGAUUACGACAUAGCGAUAAAGUUCGCCGAUCAGCACAUACCCGGAUCACCGUUCAAGGUCCAGGUGGAGAAGGUGGUCGACCCGAACGAGGUGACCGCGGUGGGUCCGGGACUCGAUCCCGACAAGGUUCGCGAAGGGAUACCCGCCAAAUUCAUCGUCGACACGUCGAAUUCGGGUGUCGCCCAGCUCGACGUCAAACUGAAGACGGACAAGGGCUCGAUCCAGAAGCCGGACAUAAACGACGUCGGGGAAGGCGUCUACGAGGUGACCUACCAGCCACCGGUCGCCGGCAGCAACGUUCAGGUCGGCGUCACCUACGGCGGACAGGACGUGGCGGGCAGCCCGUUCAAAAUCAAGGUCAAUCCGACCGUCGAGCCCGGCAAGGUCGUUCUGUCGGGGCCCGGCGUGGCGCCCAAAUUGCUCGCCUCCUUCCCCACGGAGUUCUUCGUGGACACCUCGAACGCGGGCUACGGCGACCUCGAGGUUCAAGUUCUGGGACCAGAUCAGAGGCCGCGCAAGGUGGAGGUCCAGGACAUCGGCGACGGAAAGUUCAAGGCCGCUUAUCUGCCGGACGACUGCGGGGCGUACAAGGUGAACGUGAAAUACGGUGGCAAGGAGGUGCCGGGCUCCCCUGUGACGGUGCAGAGCCAGUCGACCGGCUCGGCCAAUCAGUGUAAAAUAAAGGAGGGCAUACAGCGGACCCUGGCCCAGGGCGAGGAGUACUGCAUCACGGUGGACACGGAGAACGCGGGUCGCGGCGCCGUCACCUGCCGCAUACGUUCCACGUCCGGAAGCGACGCCGUCGACAUCGACAUCGAGGACAACGGCGACGGCACCGUCAACGUCUACUACAAGGUGGCCGACGCCGGCGAAUACACGCUGAGCAUCAAGUUCGGGGGUCAACCGGUUCCCGAAGGUUUCUACACUUUUGUGGCGUCGGAGGAGUACAGAGAGCACAGCAGCAGCCAGAAGAGCCAACGGAGGAAGAGUUCCGUCCAGCAACACCUACUCGAAGAGAGGAGCACCAGCAGCACCACCCUUCAGGAAAGUUCGAGCGUCACCACCAAGAGGAGCACCGCCCAGAAGGACGCGACGAAAUUAAAGUUCCGCGACGUUCAGCUCAACCAUCUGCUUCUACCUUCGACCGGCGGCGUGGUAACAUCCGAGGUGAAAAUGCCCAGUGGAAACGUGGACAAACCGGAGAUCGAGGACAACCGCGACGGUACGGUCUCCAUAAAGUACGGGCCCAGGGAAGAGGGUCUCCACGAGGUCUACGUGAAGUUCAACGGCGAGCAUGUUCAGGGUUCCCCGUUCAAGUUCCACGUCGACUCGCUGUCCAGCGGUUACGUGACCGCUUACGGUCCCGGACUCAGCCACGGCGUUUGCGGCGAACCCGGCAAUUUCACCAUAUCGACGAAGGGCGCCGGCGCCGGCGGACUAUCACUCGCCGUCGAGGGGCCCAGCAAGGCCGAGAUAUCCUGCCACGACAACAAGGACGGCACCGUAUCAGUGUCCUACCUGCCCACCGCACCCGGCGAGUACAAGAUAUCCGUGAAAUUCGCGGACAAGCACAUCAAGGGCAGCCCCUACGUAUCGAAGAUAACGGGCGAGGGCCGCAAGCGGAACCAGAUAUCCGUCGGAUCGUCGAGCGAGGUCACCCUGCCCGGAAACGUUUCCGAGGAGGACAUCCGCGCCCUCAACGCCUCCAUCACCGCGCCCAGCGGCCUCGAGGAGCCGGCCUUCCUCAAGAAACUGCCCAGCGGCAACAUGUGCGUUUCGUUCACCCCCCGCGAGCCCGGGGCGCACACCGUCUCCGUGAAACGGAUGGGCAAGCACAUACCGAACUCCCCGUUCAAGAUCGACGUGCAGGAGCGGGAGGUGGGGGACGCGAAGAAGGUGAAGAUCACCGGUAACGCGCUGAAGGAGGGCAAGACCCACGUGGAGAACACCUUCUCGAUCGACACCAGGAACGCUGGCUUCGGCGGGCUCUCCCUCUCGAUGGAGGGACCCAGCAAGGCGGAGAUCCAGUGCAAGGACAACGACGACGGCACCCUGAACAUCUCCUACCGACCGACCGAGCCCGGCUACUACAUAAUGAACCUGAAGUUCGCCGAUCACCACGUCGAGGGUUCGCCGUUCACGGUGAAGGUAGCGGGCGAGGGUAGCAACCGUCAGCGCGAGAAGAUCCAGCGCAAGAGGGAGGCGGUACCGAUAACCGAGGUCGGCAGCCAGUGCAAGCUGACCUUCAAGAUGCCCGGCAUAACGUCGUUCGAUCUGGCGGCUACCGUGACGUCGCCCGGCGGCGUCACGGAGGACGCGGAGAUCAAGGAGGUCGAGGACGGACUCUACGCCGUCGCCUUCGUACCCAAGGAACUCGGCGUUCACACGGUCUCCGUGCGCUACAAGGAGAUGCACAUACCCGGCUCGCCCUUCCAGUUCACCGUGGGUCCCCUGAGGGACGGCGGCGCCCACCGCGUCCACGCCGGAGGGCCCGGCCUCGAGAGGGGCGAGCAGGGCCAGCCCUGCGAGUUCAACAUCUGGACGCGGGAGGCCGGUGCCGGAACCUUGGCGGUCUCGGUGGAGGGCCCGAGCAAGGCCCAGAUCGACUUCAAAGACAGGAAGGACGGCAGCUGCUACGUCAGCUACGUCGCCGGGGACCCUGGCGAGUACCGCGUCGGCAUCAAGUUCAACGAUCAGCACAUCCCCGACUCACCGCACAAGGUGUACAUAUCGCCGGCGGUCGGUGAUGCCCACAAACUGGAGGUGGCCCAAUUCCCCGACAGCGGAGUACAGCCCGACAAACCGGCGACCUUCCUCGUACGCAAAAACGACGCCAAGGGCGAACUGGAUUCUAAGAUCGUUUCGCCGAGCGGAACGGAGGACGACUGUUUCAUCCAGUCGAUCGAUUCGGAGACGUACUCGGUGAGAUUCAUGGCCCGCGAGAACGGUAUCCACAACAUCCACCUGAAGUUCAACGGUGUCCACAUACCGGGCAGCCCGUUCCGCAUCAAGGUCGGCAAGGUCGACGCCGACCCCGCAGCCCUUCACGCCUACGGUAACGGUCUCAAGGAGAUCAAGACGGGGCAGAAGACGGACUUCGUGAUCGACACGUGCAACGCGGGCGCCGGUUCGCUCGCCGUUACGGUCGACGGUCCCAGCAGGGUAGCCAUGGACUGCACGGAGGUCGAAGAGGGCUACAAGGUCAGGUACACGCCGCUGGUACCCGGCGACUACUACAUCAGCAUCAAGUACGACGGCUACCACAUCGUCGGCUCUCCUUACAAAGUAUCGUGCAUCGGUGCCGACCUGGCGGAGAGAGGGGCCCAGGAGACGAGCACCGUCGUCGUCGAGACGGUACAGAAAAUAUCAAAGUCCAAGCAAGUCGGACCGGUUCUACCCCUGUUCAAAUCCGACGCCACCAAGGUCACCAGCAAAGGCAUGGGCCUGAAAAAGGCCUACCUCGGCAAGCAGAAUCAGUUCACCGUAAACGCCGGGGAGGCCGGGAACAACAUCCUCUUCGUCGGUAUCCACGGACCGAAGGGUCCUUGCGAGGAGGUCUACGUCAAGCACACCGGAAGACACAAUUACAACGUGAGUUACCUGGUACGCGAACGCGGCGAGUACAUCGUACUGGUGAAAUGGGGAGACGAUCAUAUUCCCGGAUCGCCCUACAAGGUCGAGGUCUGAGGCGAUCCCCCUUCGUCAUCCCCCCCCACCCCCCACCCCCCCAAAAAAAAAAUCAUCAUCGUCGUCGUCGUCCGAUCGACCGCCGAUUACGGCGAGACGCAUUUUUUUCAUUCGUUUACCGAUCGGAUCGAUUUUUUCUAUUCCUAUCUCCCGUACGUUACACGGUCGGACUCGUCAGAUUUACGUCCGAUG